CUCGUCUCAUCGUCACACACUUUGGAUAGGUUCUCACCAACACACACGCAAACUGUUUGGCUUCCUACCAAGGCAAGAAUAAGGAUAAAAGUCCUUUUUUUGCAUCGAGAGUCUCUCGUCUCGAAGGCCCCAAGAACCGGGGGGCAGAUCUCUGGACAAGCUCGCAGCCGUCAGCUGUGCUUCGUUGCUAGACUGCUACUCAUCGUCUCGACUACUACUAUCAAUUCCAGACUCCACUUAUACCAUCCCUCAACUUUCUUCCCCAGUCUCAUAACCGUCGUCUGACGUUCUGCCUGACAAUAACCCCCGUCAAUCAACCAAGCAUCCCGCUCCUCGCACAUCGUGAAGACGUCGUCGCUGGAUCCCGCGCCUUGCUGACGACAAACUCUUACGCUCCGAGCCCAACAAAUCCAGCACAAAGACUUAACCCGUCGAAAUCGUUAUUGAUGUCGGUUGACCUCCGUACAAGCCUCAAUUGCCUGCGCCACCCAUCCAGAUUUAUGCCCGUCUCGAGAACACAACUCUCGAGAGUACAUACGGGCGACAGUAUACAGAAUUUAAAUUCGUGAAACAGAGACGGGGGCCUUCGGCAAAAAUAAAAACCCCCAAAAAACAAAAAAAAGCGAAAGGAGAAGAAGAAGAGGAAGAGGAAGCCCGCCCGUCAUGGAGCACGUAAGCAAAAGCGUCACCCUUGUUGAGCUCAGCCGUUCCCUCGUGCCCCCGAAGUGGGAGGAUACCGUGCGUGUCAUUGGCAUGUCGGAGUGCAAGGAGGCCGGCCUCUCGCUGGCCCAUGCCUUUGCUGCUGAUGAUCUUAGCCAGUAUCUUCUCGACGCCGAUGACAUGGCGAACCUGUCGGCCGAGUCCAAGUGGAAGCUGCACGUCGACAUCAUGGUCUACAUCGCCGCCGCCCACUGCAUUAAUGGCACCGUCACCACCAUCGGCCCGGACCACGACGCCGUUGCUCUGUGGAUGCCUCCCGGAAAGGACGCCGACGGAUGGUGGACCGUCCUCCGCAGCGGUUUGUGGCGUCUCUACUUCCAGCUCACCGUGGAGGCCAGGCGUCGUUACUACGACGAGCUGUUGCCCCUGUUGCACGAUACCAAGCUCGAGGUCAUGGGCGAGCGGGACGGUGACUGCUACUACCUGGUCUACCUAGGGACCAAACCCAACGCCCGGGGCAAAGGGUACGCGCGGAAGCUGCUCAACGACAUGAUAGAGAGGGCCGACGCGGAGAACCGUGCCGUAUACCUCGAGUCCAGCUCCCUCGCCAAUAACGCGUACUACCGCAAGUUCGGGUUCGAGUUCAAGCGCGAGAUCCGACUGACGCGCGGCGACGCCCCCGUCAGCCUGUUCAUCAUGGUCCGCGAGCCGUGCCCGCGCAAGGCGGGCGGAGGCGGCGGCACCGGCGGCCACAUGUACUCGGCCGCCGUCCCGAGCCACAUCAAGAUGCAGAUUAACGCUGUCAUGAAGGAGACGGUGCGGGCUUGAUCCGUCGUCGCGGCACUCGCCUACCAAUGGCGUCUGUUUGACGGUCAGUUUCUUUUUCUGGUAGCGCGCGGAAUUCGGUGACGCGUUCGUCUUCUUCUUCUUCUUUUUCUACUACCGUGGGGAUUGUCCCUUGUCUGAUGCGUUCCUCCCUCCCGGGCGGCUUGCGCCUGCGUCUUCUUGCUGACGACAGCUCGAUAAGUUCAACAUGAUCCCCGACGGGGGCGUGGUCUGGUUCAACACCAGGCGCGGGCUCGGUCCACCGUCUCUACCGCAGCGACGACGGGAUGGUGGGUUUAGCCGUAUGGUUAUGAAAUUUUUUAACAUGUUUUUCUUC